CUGAUUGAAGCGUCCUCCCCAAUGACUGCUCGUCCGCCCCUGCCGCUGCGACAUGCAAACCCUUCCCUCAGAGACGGCAAUGCAACAAUUCCCCCGGUUAAAUAUCAAAUAUUGAGCUGCCAGGGAAAGGACAUUCUCGUGGGACGCUUGAAAAUUGACACAACGGACGGAGGCCAUGCCUUUAUCCUUCGAAGAUUCGACACUCAGGCGAUCAGCCUUACAACCAUGUUUCGCGCCGCGUUCCCGACUGCGUCUGAAGCCGAGGAGAAAGACGAAAUAAACUACGUGAAGGCCAACUUUGAUCUCUUUGGCAAUAAUGGCUCGUCGAAGGAGCCUCACAUCACGCGUCUCGCCGGUACCUGGGUCAACCGCGACACCGCCGGGCAGCUUGCUCAUGACUACAACAUGGUCGACCUCAUUAACACCAUGGUCGAAGCUGAACCCGAUCCAAAUGGCCAGUACCGACGCUCGAACAAGUCGGCCCAGAACAACAACCCCCCAACGAACGCGCCUGAACCCACGCCUGCGACGAAUGUGCAUGCCACUCGAUCUCCAGCGAAGCAGUCGCCCAAGCCACCGAGUAAAACGCUCCCUACGCCUUCGCCUGGAUCGGGAGACGCUCAGCCACCGGCUCCCAAGCGUCGACGGGAGGGAUCACCAGCCACCUUCACGUCUGGUAUCCCUGUGGCAUCCUCUCCUGCUGUUCCCAAAACCCCUGGACCGAGGCGAUCUACGCGGACGAAGAGUCCUGCUCCCAGCCGCGUCCCACAGCCUCUCACAGCGACCAAGCCAAGGUCUCGCGCCUCCGUCGCUCCUCCAUCGCCCAAGAAGCGUCCCGUCGAUUUGCCCAAAUCCUCUCCAAUCAAGGCUGAGGAAGAUACCGCUGUGGAAGACAACGUUGCUGGCAAUGAACUCUAUGCACAGGAUAUCUCGGAACAGAAGAAGCUUAUUGCUGACCUUAAGGCUGCUGCGUCAUCAAAGAAGCCCGCUGAUACUGUGAAGGAGGACGAUGAUCAGCAGAUGGAGGAGGAGGGCCAAGGCCCAUCCAAGCUGAAGCGGAUAAGGCAGGACGAGGAGAAGCCGCUGCAGUUUGAGUUCAAGGAACCCGAGCGGGAGGAACGUCAGAUUGCCACCAAUAGGAGGGUCGGACGAUUUGAUAUGCAGCCUGAGAGGAAAUCUCUCGCUUGGGGUAUUGCUGCUUUUGCGUUUGGGAUGACAGCCAUCACCUAUCUUCCCAAUUUCCUCUAGCACCACCUUCCUCAUAGGACACGUCGGCAUUUCCGAUCGAUCCACCUCCUCCCGUCAUGUUUUCUUUUUCUAUCUAUCGGCGUUCUUUUUUUUUAGCACAGGUAUAGUUUCCCCUCUCUCCUUCCCUUGUCUGGCUGUCCCUGCCUGUCUGUAUUUUAUAUCAUUAUUCCCCGAAUUUGCGACGCUGUUUGGCAUCGCGCGACCUCUUAUCAUGGGCGCUGAUGUCUUUACAAAUCCGCUAGAAACGAUUACUUUAAGGCUUUCUUGAUUUUGUCGCCCAUGGCUCUUUCGUAUAUCACUAUCACGCCCACCCACGAUGAUCUGGCUUUCAGUUGCACCGUUUCGUCGGCUUUCCGUCUAGUACUUAUAACGCUCCUUUUCCUGUCCUUUCUGUUGGAUUUGUAUUAUGUGUAAUUUCCUCUCCCGUUUAUAAUCUUAAAACAUGCUAAAG